UUUCAAGACAUGUAGAUGAGGCCUCUAGAGAUUCCUUCCAACUCCAGACAACCAGCUUUCAGAGACCAAGCAGAUUCCCACAACAUCACUUGUAUCGCUCUGAACCGAUCUCUCACAGCCAUGAGGACACUGGUGCUGAUUCUGGUGUUGGUCGCAGCCGCCAUGUCGGCUCAUGUUCCGGAAGAACGAGCCGCGGAUGUAGUUGGUGGUCUUUUGUCUUCGGGUACAGGUGGUUCGGGUGUAAUUGGUUCUGUGAAUAUAGUUGCUACUCUGGCUCAACUCCUACCAAUUAAUCUUUCGCUCCAAUCGGUCAUUGGUUUGCUCACUACUGUUGUCAACGGGUUACUUGUCCUCGUAACAAAUCUUUCUGCUGUCCUUGUCAAUGUCCUUGUCAGUGUCCUUGCCCUUUUGAAACUUUGCUCCGUAGUAAUAUCCACACUUCAAGGGUGCUCCCAUGCUGUCCUCAGCUCAAACGCCAGCGCCAGUUUCAGCUACGUCGUUUCCACGAUGAUGAAUUUCACCUCUAGUUUCCAACUAGAUCUGCAGAAUACGUGUUCCGUGACUGGAGGUUGAACAACGCUUCUUCUGACGACCUUCCUCGAUUGACCGCUAUGAACAAGACUGACCGCUAUGAACAAGACUGACCGUAUCCCAUGAUGCACUGAAAUACUCUACCAGCCCCAGGGCAGGACACACUCGUGAUGACUGUCCGUUACGGCUUGUGUUAGAGAACAAUAAACAAUAAACAUGGCUCUGUCCUGCA